UCACCUCAAGAGUUGAACGUGUGUAGUUGAUAUGGUUUAUAUAACAUUUAUGGAAGGGAUUUUCAAGUGUUUUGGUUUUGUUUAAGGAGUUUAUGCUUUUGUGGUUUCUCAGUAGCAUGACACUCUGCAGGGUUUUUUGUGGUCUUAUUAACUUCAUGGCAGAAAAAGUGAUGUUGUGUGAUGGUGGUGAAGGAACAAUUGUUCAUAAUGUAAGUGAUAACAAGAACUAUCUUGCCUCACAGACUUUCCACAACAUCCAAUUUAAAAAAAUAUAAGCAGUUGUAUACAAAAUAAAUUACAAAUGGUCAUCGUUGGCAAAUUGCUGUCGUACAAGAGCAAUAAAACACUUCAGAUUGUGCUGUUACAGGAAAAUAAUCAUCUUUGGGCUAGCAAGUGUUGAUUCCACUUCAUCACACCAUCCUGUUGUUGAUUAUGUUCCUAUAACAGUAUGACCUAGAGUGCAUGCUCCGCUUUUAUAGCUCACAGUAACAUGUCCUUGUUUGAAAAGCACUAAUAAGCAGAUGUGCAUUCUAGUACAUACAUAAAAACAAUGGUGUAUAUACUUAUCAGAAGAAGUAAUGAUAACAAACUUUACUUUUCCUUGUCAUUGGAGUCGUACCAUCAAGAGUACAUCCUUUGUAGUUGAACAUUGUAAUUAAAGGUACACAAUAUUUAAAUUUCUAGGCGAUGGAUUUCUAAAGAUGUAUCCUUGAUGGCUCCACCCACCCCAACAACAAGGAAAAAAAUAGUUUGCUGUCUUUGUUUCUGAGACUGUAGUUUGCUGUUCGUUCUGGAGAAAAGUAAAGGAACCUGAGUGACCGCACUAAAUUUGUAAGGAGUAAAUAUCUAGUUGAUACCAUUUAUUGGUCCUUAAUGGUAUCCACUAGACAUAACACGCCACCAAUAGAAGGCAACAAAUUAACAGUAGAGGCCAACAGGGACCAUUAGAGUUUCCCUUAAAACCAAUACACUUCCCAUUAUAACCUUUUACAAAUUCUAUGAUGGUUUCUAUUGUUUUUGUUUUUCAGCAGGGAAUGAUCUGAAGUGUUGUCACUUCCUGCAAAUAUGCAAGCAUCCAUUCAAUUUAUAACUGUUUAUGUAUGUUUUUAUGAGUUGUUAUGAGUUUAAAAAUAAUAAUAAUAAUAAGUUAUAUAAUUAUAUGAGAUCAUCUAUGCCAGAUGUUCCCAGCCCUGGUCCUGAAGCAGAGAACCCCCCUGUCCUGCACUCUUAACACAUCUGAUGCCACUCAGGAUGACUUGGUAAUUACCUGAUUAGUUGAAAUGAAGUGUGUUGGAUCAGGAGGUUUCUUCAGGACCUGGGGUGAGAACCUGCACUUUAUUAAUAACUGUAUCCAGUAUUGCCCAGUCCCGUGAAGGGUGCCAAUAAUUCUUGACUGUAAAAUGUAACUCUCUCUGGAGUGCUGAAUGCAAAUGAAUCUGGCUUCUGUCCAACCCGCUUCAUUUUAUUAGAAUGGACCGUUUGACGCACCGCUCCUCGUGCCGCGUGACGCAGGCGCGGUGAGUUUUCGGGGAUGCUUUCCGACGACAGGUCACUUACACACACACACACGCACGCACGCGCGCGCGCACACACAUACACAUGCACAGAAAGCAAUAAUCCAGGACAACAUCUAAGAAGGUGCUGAAGGUGUUGCACUGGACUUUAGAAAAGGGAAAAGAAGAAGAAAAGCAUCUCACUUGGUUUUCACACCAGCGAUGCACGUGCGAUUGCAGUAGAACCUGAGGAGGAGACCGUCUCUCUCCUGCCUGUUCCUCCGCGGUCAUGGCAUCUCCUGUCCUCCUGCUCCUCCUCGUCAUGCCCGUGUGUGCGUGCGGCAGUGUUGAGGUGAACACCAGCUCUAAGCGGAGCUGUAUGGAUAAGGUGGUGUGCGCCGACGGGAUUCUACUUCCUGUUUGGCUCCCUCACGAUCCGCCGCUGCUCCAGCAGGUGAUUCGUGCGAUCAUCUACUUUGCGUCUCUGCUCUAUAUGUUCCUGGGCGUGUCCAUCAUCGCUGACCGCUUCAUGGCCUCCAUCGAGGUCAUCACCUCGCAGGAGAAAGAGGUAACCAUUACAGGGCCGAACGGGGAACAGACAGUGACGAGGGUGCGGAUAUGGAACGAAACCAUAUCCAAUCUCACUCUGAUGGCCCUCGGCUCUUCCGCUCCAGAGAUCCUGCUGUCAGUUAUAGAGGUGUGCGGACACGGCUUCGAAUCGGGCGAGCUCGGCCCCGGCACGAUCGUGGGCAGCGCUGCCUUUAACAUGCUCGUGAUCAUCGCGAUCUGUGUGUCUGUGAUCCCGGACGGCGAGGUGAGGAAGAUCAAACACCUGCGUGUGUUCUUCAUCACCGCCUCCUGGAGCAUCUUCGCCUACAUUUGGCUCUAUCUUAUCAUCUCCGUAAUGUCCCCGGGCAUCGUUCAGGUGUGGGAAGCCCUGACGACCCUCUUGUUCUUCCCCGUGUGUGUCCUGAUGGCGUGGAUCGCAGACCGGCGGCUCCUCUUCUACAAAUACCUUCAUCGGCGUUACCGUGCCGACAAGCGCCACGGCAUCAUCGUGGAGACGGACGGCGAUCUGGCGCCCAAUGGCAUUGACGUCAUCAUGGAGGGGAAAUUCCAUGGCAACGCCAACGGUGGCACUAGCAACAGCACGGAGACGGGCAAAGGCCCCGAGCAGGAUCGUGAGGAGGUGAUCCGCGUGCUGCGUGACCUGCGGCAGAGACAUCCGGAUAAAGACUUGGACCAGCUGAUUGAGAUGGCCAACUACUCGAACCUGCAGAAGCAGCCCAAGAGUCGUGCGUUUUACCGCGUACAGGCCACGCGCAUGAUUAUCGGAGCUGGAAACGUGUUAAAGAAGCACGCUGCAGCAGAACAAGCCAAACGUACAGGCCCGAAUGCAGGCCCCGAUGACGAUCUGGAGACUUGCGCACACGUGGCGUUUGAGCAGGAUCGUUACCGCUGUGGCGAAAACUGCGGCCAGCUGAGUGUAUGGGUUGUACUGCGAGGGGGCAGUGGCUCCGGAACGUUCCAAGUGGACUACCGGACCGACAACGGCUCGGCCAAAGCCGGAGUGGAUUACGAUUACUGCGAGGGAACGCUGGAGUUUCAACCUGGAGACACACGCAAAGAGAUAAAGAUCGGCAUCAUAGACGACGAUGUUUUCGAGGAAGACGAGCAUUUCUUCAUCCGUCUCUCGAACCUGCGCGAGCAAGGUGCCGAAGCCACAGAGGCCGCCCGAUUGGUGGAACCCCUGGUUGCCACGGUAACAAUUCUGGACGACGACCACGCGGGCGUUUUUUCAUUCGGGCGACGCGAGCUUCUUGUUGCCGAGUGUGCGGGUGUCGCUGAGGUAACGGUCACCCGGGAGACGGGCACACGGGGCACCGUGGUCAUCCCGUUUCACACCGAGGACGGAACGGCGCGCGGUGGAGUCGACUUCCAGCAUACACAGGGCGAACUGGAGUUCAGCAAUGAGGAGAGCUGUAAGAUAUUACAGGUGCCAAUCAUCAAUGUCCAGGAGUAUGAUAAGCGAGAAAACUUUUACAUCGUCCUUGAAGAACCUCAGUGGCUCAAGAGAGGAAUUUCAGAUUUGUUGUUGAAUCAGGGUGCUCCCAGUGCUGAGCAGGAAGAGGCGAAGAAGACCGCUGAAAGGGGGCGACCAGUUCUUGGGGAGCACAGCAGGCUGGAGGUCAUUAUUGAGGAGAGCAUGGCCUUUAAGAUCCGGCAGGGAAUGGCCCCCAAUGGCACGCUAGACCCGGUAGAGAAGGCUCCACCCCCCUGCAUGAGACGUGUUCAUGGAUUGAACACGGUCGAGCGUCUGUUAAAGGACACUAACCUGGCUGAAGUGAUUGGAACACACUCGUGGAAAGAACAAUUCAUUGAGGCUGUCACUGUCAGUGCAGGAGAGGGCGAUGAGAGCGAAGGGGGCGAGCCACGCCAGCCGUCCCGCUGCGAUUACUUCAUGCACGUGAUGACGGUGUUCUGGAAGUUGGUGUUCGCUUUUGUCCCGCCCAGUGGGUACUGGAACGGCUGGGCCUGCUUCAUCGUCUCCAUCAUCGUCAUCGGCUUCCUCACGGCCGUCAUCGGAGACCUGGCGUCUCACUUCGGCUGCACCGUGGGGCUGCGCGACACCGUCACGGCCUUAGUGUUCGUCGCCCUUGGCACCUCCAUUCCGGACACCUUUGCGAGUAAAGUCGCGGCGGUUCAGGAUCAGUACGCGGACGCCUCGGUGGGAAACGUGACAGGCAGCAACGCCGUGAACGUCUUCCUGGGGAUCGGCGUGGCCUGGUCCAUCUCAGCCAUCUACUGGGAGGUCAAAGGUCAGGUGUUCUACGUGGAGCCGGGCUCGCUGGCCUUCUCCGUCACGCUCUUCACCAUCUGCGCCUUCAUCAACAUGGGUGUGCUCAUGCUGCGACGCCGCCCCUCUGUGGGCGGAGAGCUGGGUGGGCCCAAAGUCCUCAAGAUCCUCACGUCCAUGCUGUUCAUUGGUCUGUGGCUCCUCUACAUCACCUUCUCCAGCCUGGAGGCGUACUGUCACAUCCCAGGGUUCUGAGAAAACACGUUAAAACUUAUACACACCUUCAUACACUUUUGUACACCAUGGGGUCAUCAGGAAGACUGAACUCUACAUUUUGACCCCUUUUUUCCCCCACCCACACUGAAACCGAGACUCUGACACUAUUAUUUUAUAACCUGGUAUAACAGGACACUAUCAUCCUUUAGGACUGGAGGAAUUAUCUUAAACAACCAAACCGAAAUAUUUCAUAUGACCCGAUAUUUACACUCGAAUGUGAGCUGAUGGACUGAACGAGUGAAACGAACUAAUGGAACUCACAAAUAAUGAUUUCUUUCAUUGUGGAUAUUGCAUGAUUGUAGUAUUUACUCACAUAAAUGGAUAUAACACUAAACGUAAUAAACAUUAUUAACUAACAGUAAAAAUCAUACUGCAACAUUGCGGGUGCCUUCUCUGGCAAAUCCUCCAGCCUGGAGACAUACUAUCACAUCCCAGGCUUCUGAGAAAACACGUUAAAACUUAUACACACCUUCCUACACUUUCAUACCAAAGAUGUAUCCUUGAUGGCUCCACCCACCCCAACAACAAGGAAAAAAAUAGAGUUUGCUAUCUUUGUUUCUGAGAUUGUAGUUUGCUGUUCAUUCUGGAGAAAAGUAAAGGAACCUGAGUGACCGCAGUAAAUUUGUAAGGAGUAAAUAUCUAGUUGAUACCAUUUAUUGGUCCUUAAUGGUAUCCACUAGACAUAACACGCCACCAAUAGAAGGCAACAAAUUAACAGUAGAGGCCAACAGGGACCAUUAGAGUUUCCCUUAAAACCAAUACACUUCCCAUUAUAACCUUUUACAAAUUCUAUGAUGGUUUCUAUUGUUUUUGUUUUUCAGCAGGGAAUGAUCUGAAGUGUUGUCUCUUCCUGCAAAUAUGCAAGCAUCCAUUCAAUUUAUAACUGUUUAUGUAUGUUUUUAUGAGUUGUUAUGAGUUUUAAAAUAAUAAUAAUAAUAAUAAGUUAUAUAAUUAUAUGAGAUCAUCUAUGCCAGAUGUUCCCAGCCCUGGUCCUGAAGCAGAGAACCCCCCUGUCCUGCACUCUUAACACAUCUGAUGCCACUCAGGAUGACUUGGUAAUUACCUGAUUAGUUGAAAUGAAGUGUGUUGGAUCAGGAGGUUUCUUCAGGUCCUGGGGUGAGAACCUGCACUUUAUUAAUAACUGUAUGCAGUAUUGCCCAGUCCCGUGAAGGGUGCCAAUAAUUCUUGACUUGACUGUAAAAUGUAACUCUCUCUGGAGUGCUGAAUGCAAAUGAAUCUGGCUUCUGUCCAACCCGCUUCAUUUUAUUAGAAUGGACCGUUUGACGCACCGCUCCUUGUGCCACGUGACGCAGGUGCGGUGUGUGUCGUUUUCGGGGAUGCUUUCUGACGACAGGUCACUUACACACACGCACACACACACACACGCAUGCACAGAAAGCAAUAAUCCAGGACAACAUCUAAGAAGGUGCUGAAGGUGUUGGACUGCACUUUAGAAAAGGGAAAAGAAGAAAAGCAUCUCACUUGGUUUUCACACCAGCGAUGCACAUGCAGUUGCAGUAGAACCUGAGGUAAGAAUGCUAACAAGGCUAAGGGGGGGCCCCAACAACACUUAUUAGCAUGAUAUCCGCUGCAUAAAUGGGCUUUUAUUCACUGUUCAGCAUUGAGAUAUUCCCAGUUUUUCAUUUAUAUUUAGUAAAGAAAAACAUACAGUAUAGUCUUUAGAUAUGGUAAAAGUUUCUGUGAGAUGAUUUAUGACAUUAUAUUGAAGACUUUAGUCAUCCGCCUAGACAACCGUCUGCGUGAGCGGCGGUUGGAGCGCCGGUUAAGUGGGCCAGUCCAGCCUGAACGUAUGUCGUCAUCACGGGCUUAUGGGCAGUCAAAUAGAACCCAGGCCUCCUGCCCACCUGGGAGUUUAAAGGAAGGGGCCCACCCAAAUAGAGAGAUCUGGGCUGGCCCAAAACAUAUAGAAACAUUGUAGAUAUAGAAACAUGUACGAAUAGAAACUCUUCUUAUAAAUUAGAAGAAAGCAUAAAUAAGUGAUGUUGAGUGCUAAGUCUGCCCGCGAUAACACUACUGAUUCCACCGUGGAGCCUGACUGCUGUUGCAGCUACACUCCAGGACCUUGACACGGGUUUAUCAUUUGGUUUGUAUGUAAAUAAAAUCACAAAUUAUCAUUUGCCACACUGUGUCUUCAUAAUCUCAAGAUUAGAUGGUUACUGGCCUGCUGUGUCUCUACGUGCA